ACAAGCUUUGUAUCUGCUAUCUAUCUAUUUAUAUCCACAUUAGAAACCUUAUCAAACCCAACAACCACUACAAAGAACCAAGAAACCAAGCAAAUCAUUGUUCUCUCUGUCCUGUGUUUUGUGAUUUCCCCCUUCAAGCCACCACCAAUGGCCAACAACGAGAUGCAAGUUGAGAGGGGUUUGGACUUGGAAAGGUACAUGGGGCGUUGGUAUGAGAUAGCCUCUUUCCCUUCAAGGAACCAGCCCAAGGAUGGCGUGAACACCAGAGCCACAUACACUCUUAGGAAUGAUGGCACUGUGCAAGUGCUCAACGAGACUUGGAGUAAUGGCAAGAGAGGGCACAUAGAGGGAACUGCUUUUAAGUCUAACCGCACAAGUGAUGAGGCCAAGUUCAAGGUCAAGUUUUAUGUCCCUCCCUUUUUGCCUAUCAUUCCUGUAACAGGGGACUACUGGGUUUUGUUCAUUGAUGGUGAUUACCAGUACGCUUUGAUUGGCCAACCAAGCAGGAAUUGCCUUUGGAUAUUAAGCAGGAAACCCCAUCUGGAUGAUGAGAUCUACAACAAGCUUGUUCAGAGAGCUAAGGAUGUAGGAUAUGAUGUGAGCAAACUCCACAAGACCCCACAGAGCGAUCCUCCACCAGAGGAAGAAGGCCCCCAAGACACAAAAGGCAUUUGGUGGCUCAAAUCCAUUUUGGGGAAAUAGGCCUCCAUGAUGAUAUAUAAUUUAUUAUAAUGAAAAUGUAUUUCAAUUUCAUUACAUGCAAUGAAUAGACAGAUAAUGAAUUUUUAGUUGGGCAAUUUCAAGUUAGAAUGCCUCUAAGGCAUGUAUACAUUGGUUUGCUAUUUUAUCUGUAUAUGAACUUUUGUGUGGUGUCACUGGUGUGGCUGUUGCUUGGUUCACUGAUGUCUCCUUACUUUUGUUCUUAACAAUUAAAGGUUGUCUAAUUAAUCAAAGAAAAACUUUGGCGUGUGAA